AUGCAGCGAUCACCGGGGGGUUGCAGCUCUCGGCGGGCUGAGCUCUGCCCUGCCGCCCCGGAGCUGCGGGCUCAGCCCCCCAGCCGCCGCGGGGGGCGCCUGUGUCCCCCUCGGGAAGCGCGGGCGGGGAUCGGGCCCCACGGCGGGGCGGGUGGGUGGAGCUCGGGGGCGGCGCGGCGGGGGGAGCCCCGGCGGGCAGGGGGCGGAUCCGAGCGGAGGGGCUGGGAAAGGCAGCCGAGCCGGCUGCAGGCUGGGGCCGGCAGGAUUAACCCCGGGCAGCAGCGGCAGCGGCCGGGGGGCUCUCUGCGGAGCGGGCAUCGUGGCCUUUGCGAAGCGCCUUCAGCCCUCUCCCUGCCCGGCCGGCGGGAGCGGAGAGGCGCCGGCCCGGCUCCCCACGGGCUGCAUGCAGCCGGCGGCGCGGGAGGGGGCCAGGGCGAGCCGCCGCCUGCCCCCAGCCCCGUAGCCCGCUCCCCGGGGGCUGCGCCGGGCUCGGCUCGGGACCAUGCGGCCGGCAGAGCGCCCGGAGCUGCAGGAGAACUGGGCCACCAUGAACGGACCCGGGGAGCCGACGCGCCCUUGCGCCCCUUGAGAGAAACGCCCGACUCCGAAGAGGCAGCGAGGUCAAUGCCAGGACGCUGCUGGUGUUUCUGCUCUGCCAGGGGACUCUGAAUGGAUUUGCCAUGGUGACAUGAAAAAGCCAGGGGGGAUACCCGACUGCCGGCUGGGAGAUCCUACACACGCACACGCAGCCUGCUAGUAUUUUAAUUUAUUA